AUGAACACGUCUGAUUGUCAAAGUGUGAGAAUUCUUCUGCUAAAAUCUUUCAAUAGUGAUGUUGGACCAAUGGACGAUCGAUAUGUUAAAGAAUUAAGAAGUAGCAACUUUAUUGUUGACUGCAUACCGGCUUUAGAGUUUGAAUUCAUGAAUGAUGACAAGCUGAUCAAAGUUCUGAGAUGUCCGGACAUGUAUGCAGACCUCAUUGUCACCAGCCCUCGCUCUUGUGAGGCCAUCUCAAAUCUUAUCGCACAAAACAAUUUGUCGUUAGAAACAGCACAAUCACUUGGCUUAUCAGUAGUUGGUGAACAAGCCGGUAGUGCAGAUGCACUAUCAGAUAUUAUCAUCAAUGAUUACCUUGAAAAUAUAAAUUCUAAACCUUUGUUGUUUCUCGGAGCUGAAGAAAAAUUAGACAUACUUCCAAACAAACUCAACAGUAAAGCUGUUCAUUUUAUUGAGCUGGCUGUUUAUAGGAGCCGUAAGCACUCCAUGUUGGAUGUCAAUCUUUGUAAUUACCUAGCUAAGCCGCUCCUCCCAGAUUACGUAGUUUUCUUCAGUCCAUCUAUUGUGAGGUACUCAGCUGAUGUGCUGAAGGGCAGUCGGCUCGUUGAACAUAGCAGGAUAAUAGCGAUAGGAGCAUCAACACACAAGGAGAUGACGUCAUCAUCGAUGUUCAGUGACGUCAGCUUCAACAACGUCGCAUUGCUAAAGAAACCAGACGUCAACACGCUAAUCCAGACUUUGAAAUCUUUCAGUUAUAAUAAUAACAAUAAUAUUGAAAAUAAUAAUAUUAAGAAUGUUAAUAACGAAACGAAUAGCAAUAACAAUAAUCAUUGUAGUUGA